AUGAAUCAUGUAGUUUUCACAAGUACCAGAGUUUCUUAUGCAUAUAGGUAUUUCAGUCUACUCAUGUGUAUAGCGAAUGUCGAUUUAGCCAAGGUCGAUAAGUCAUUAUCUCCAUCUGUACUACCUCCGAAAAUGCGCGAGAAAGACUCUUUUCCAAGGAAAAUGUUAAUAGCAUCAGGUGGCCAUAGUUCUCCAAAGCAAGCCGCGACUUAUCCUCUUUCGAUAAGAGUACCGCAAGCCGACGACGUACCCUUCGAUCUAUCGAGAAACUCCAAGUCCCCGGACCCGCACAUGUCGCCGGCAUGCCACCCGUCCCAGAACCAGGAGACGGACAACCAGCCGCUGGACCUGAGAGUGGAGCACAAGAAGAUCGUCUUCAGCGAAAGGCGCAUGGAGGACGAGAACAGAAACCUCCUAUCGCCCACGUGCAGUAUUAACAGCGACAAAGAGGAGCAAUUCAGAGAAAGCAGACAUAUCACCAUCAACGCUUCCAGCGCUUCGAAGAACGUCCAGCAACAAAUGACGCCCUACCCUUUAGUCUUUCCCACGCAGCCCGUGCACUCGAUGAUGCUGGAGGUCAUGUAUCGAUCGCAAAGCGCCGACAACCUUCCUAGGCCCCUAAUCCCCCCGUCCUCUCCCUCGAAUUUCAAACAGAGGUACCCUUUCAUCAACCCGGCCGUGCUGAGCCCGCCUAUAAAUUUAGUCUCCUUGGACCUGAUGAGGAACCAGACGGCGCUGCAACCCGGCAAAAUAUUCGACUCUAACGUACCUAAACUCAAAGACCGAUACGCCUGCAAGUUCUGCGGCAAAGUGUUUCCCAGAUCCGCGAAUCUGACCAGGCAUCUGAGGACGCACACCGGCGAGCAGCCCUACAAGUGCCGGUACUGCGAGAGGUCGUUCAGCAUCUCCAGUAACCUGCAGAGGCACGUCAGGAACAUCCACAACAAGGAGAAGCCGUUCAAGUGCUCGCUGUGCGAGCGGUGCUUCGGCCAGCAGACCAACCUGGACAGGCAUCUGAAGAAGCACGAGGCGGACGGGCCGACGAUACUGGACGAGCACAUGAUGCAGAAGAAGAGCCUGAUGUCGAAGAACGUCAACGAGGAGUCGUACUUCGAGGAGAUCAGGUCGUUCAUGGGCAAAGUUACCGACAGGCGCUUGGCGCAGCCGAUGCAGUCGCUGAAGCAGAUAACGAAUUUCCCGCUGAAGUUACCGCCGAAAUUUUUGGACGACGCCGGCUCGUUCAAGGAGCAAAUUCAGGACAAAGCUAGUACGUUCACCGCGGAGAAGGAUAAUUUUUCUUCCUCUUCGUCGACCCAUUCCGAAGAUGAUUUCGGUUGCAAGAAUAAGGAAGACAACAAGGAUAAAUAUUUGAUAAGCAAAGAAAGUACUGAGAGCAAAACCUGAAAUUUGAACGGAACCUAUUGUGAUAAAUUAGUGAUAAGAAAUUGAGAGGUUAUUUAGUUAUUUUUGAUGGCACUGAAAUUUGAUAAACGUGAAGAAAAGUGCGGCUGAUAGGUUUUCUUCCUCUGACUUAUGUAAUUUUUCGACUCGUCUACGCCUCGCACUUCGAAACUCGUCAGAAAAGUUUUGUUCGAAACAGCACGAAUACACGCUACUCGUUAUUACCAUGAUUAUUUCGUUGUAGAAAUAAGAUGUAUGUGCAAUAAUAAACUUUGAAGCUCACUGCAGAAGCAUACAUUCACUUAAUUUUAACAAUCCGGAAUAAAUCUCUCAAAACUCGUUAAAUAAUUUGUUCAAAUAUUUUGUCG